AUGAAGACUUUUUUAAAACAGGCUUUCGUGGUAUCAGGUGCGGCGCUUAACAUCGUCGGUCAUGGCUGCGCUCACGGCUACCCAGCUGUGCUGUUUGCACAGUUAAUACGAGAUGGUGGACCGGUCACGUUGACUGACCAUGAUACUUCAUGGAUAGCAUCAUCAGUUGGCCUCAUGGGUAUCGUCGGUAACUUCAUAUCACCUGUCUUCAUGUCAAAACUUGGCAGACAGAAGUCACACUUCAUCUCUACAAUACCUGCUCUUCUCGGCUGGAUAAUCUUUAUAUUUGGAAAUACAGUCCCAAUGUUCCUCCUUGCUAGAUUUCUCCAUGGCCUUGCAUUAGGACUACGAACUCCGUUAGCCGCAAUUCUGGUAGCUGAGUAUACUGAACCAAGGUACAGAGGGGCAUUUUUGGGAACGUUCGCGAUUUCAUUAGGUCUCGGAAUUCUGCUAUCCCAUAUUUGGGGAGCCUAUUUAUCUUGGAAGAAUACAGCGAUUGUCUGUUCCAUGUUCCCAAUUAUAUCAAUGGUCAUCAUCAGUCUUUCUCCAGAAUCACCAUACUGGUUGGUUUCCAAAUCCAGGUUCGAAGAAGCUAAAAAGGCCUUUAAAUGGGUUCGUGGUGAUGGGGAGCAACAGAAUGAAGAAUUAGAAAAAAUGAUACAGACGCAAGAACGUGAACUGAACGAAAAUGGGAAUGGAAAGGAAAUUUAUAGAAGUUUUAGUAUAACGAGGUACGCGUUGAAUUCAUUCAAAAGUAUAAUGAAGAUCUUUAAGAAGAAAGAGUUCUUUAAGCCAUCGAUCGUCGCAAUCUGCAUGCUGAUAGUAUUUGAAUUUGGAGGUGCGCAUAUGCUGGCAGCCUAUGGAAAUGUCAUCCUUCAAGCAGUGUUAAACAAGGAGAACUUGACUGAUGUCACUUGGCAGUUCACUGUGAUUGAUUUCUUAAGAACAAUUUGUGCGUUCUUAGCGAUAUUCUUGCUAAAGAAUUUUAAGCGAAGGACAAUUUUAUUCACCAGUGGUGUUAUGACAGUUUUGUCUCUGACAACAAUAUCAGUGUUUAUGUAUGCGAGAAAUUCUGGAUAUAUGAACCAGGCGUGGUUGGUUGAUGUGUUACCUAUGGUAUUAAUGAUAACGUAUACUUUCUCAUUUUGUAUAGGUAUUGUACCGUUAAACUGGGUCAUAUGUGGCGAAGUAUUUCCUUUAGCUUACAGAAGUUUAGGUUCAACGCUGUCUACUUCUUUUUUGACACCCGCCUUUGUGAUUUCUAUGAAGACAGCACCACAUUUAUAUUCGUCAAUAGGUGUAGAGGGUGCUUUUCUAGUCUAUUCCGCUACAUUAACAUUUUGUCUGUCGGUUAUGUAUGUAUUGUUACCUGAAACAAAAGAUAGGACUUUGAUUGAAAUAGAGAAUACGUUUAAGGGUAUCAGUACAUCAGAUAAAGAAGUACAAUUAAGUUUAUUGGAAAAGAAAGUAAGUUCCGUGUAA